UUCCUCACAUUGUGGCAUGGUAGAUCCACGGACAAUUUUCCACCAUAUUUGAGAAGUCCCAUCUAGAGCUUCAUUCAAUUCUUCUAUAUACUCUUCCUCAUUCGUUAUGAGGUGUACUUUCUUCUUCCAAUCUGUUCCACAAUAAGGACAUUACUAUUACUCCGGCUCAUCUCUUUCAAUAUACCAAUUCACUGCUUUGAUCCCAGGAGAUAAUUGUUUUUUGAAAAUUGCUGCUACAUCUGUCAUCUGUAUUCAUCUUGUCCAUGUACAAUUGUUACUCUCACAUUACCACAAAGUUACCUGUGUAAAGCACCUAAUUUACUUCUUCUGGGAUUUCAAUGGUGAAAAGCGCUUCCAUUGAUGGCGAUAGUCCAUCAGGGCAUGAUAAAGGAGGCACGGUACACCCAAUUUUGGGCAAUUACCAUCUUCCUGUAGAGAUAGAGAACACACGAAAGCAAUCAGGAAUGCACAAUCUUUCUCGAGAAGGCUGGGGUGAAGACAGUGAGUGAAUGCCUUUGAUGUAUGUUUGUUGAAAGCAAUUGACAUUUUAUAGAAUGCCGCAACUAUUUAAUCCGGCUCUGCUCAGAUGGUAAGGACAAAAUUCCAGUAUCCUCCAUUGUCGUAUUUGGAGACACAUCCCGAAUCUUGGUUUUGGUUUUCAAAUUAAUUGGAAAAAUGCCUACCGAUGGUUUUAGCAAUACUUCAUUCAGUAUACACGUUUCGUUUUUACUUAAUAUAUGCUGAUAUUAAAAAUUCUAGUGCCUCGAAAUUUUCCUUACAAAGAUGGAUUGCGCAUAUUGCAUCCCCGUCUUCAAGAGAGGUUCGGGGACGAGAAUGUUGACUUGGCUUUGGGUGUCUUGGAAGAACUGAUCGAAGUGGAAGAGCAACCUCCAUUCCCAGCUUCUGUUUUCCAAAGAUGGAAGCAUGAACAUCUCCGCAGAAAGGUUAGCCCCAAGUGAGCGACCAGGUCCUCCUUUUCCUUCUAAUAGCGCUGCAGGAAGACUUUACCAACCCGCAUGCCCCUCACACGGCAACAAUACAAGCGCCAGUCGUACCUACCAAAGCACUCAUUGAAUACAGAGAAGAGCAGGCACUAAGGCAGUUUGUUCAGCCACAAAUAAGUCCAAGUGCCAUGCCAUAUUGCGAAUCGUGCAACUCGAAGAUUGCACAUCAACCUAGUUGGAAAAUUGAGCAUAGUGUAUUUGUCUCAGUGGGAGGGAAACCGGCUACGCUGGCGUACUGUCCGACACCAGCAGAGCUUCACAGAGCAAUGUGGGACCCUGAGUACGGUCGUGGAGGCGUAUGUAUGCGACCUAAUACCGCUCAGACAAGCCCGCCCGGCUCCGCAAUAGAACCAACUGGACCAACUGCGACAUCCUCAAAAUAUUCCACGCCUACUAGGUCGUUCAUGAAUAAUGCGAAGAAAGAGUUGGGGCACAGAGUGAUGAGUGCUCUCUCAGAAACCAGAGAAAGUCUGAGUAGUGCGGCUUCUGACCAAGUAGAGCUUAUAGAAAUCGGGAGGUACGAGAAGCUUCCUCACGAUAGGGUGCCUACUACCUUCGUAGCCCCCCAAAACAUUGGUGGACAGGGUGCAAUUCGCAAGGUCUCCAACAUAAUGAAUGUCAACUUACCACCAGGUCGUGAUAUUCCGAAUGCGAAUUUUGCAAGAAAAAACGAGUUGAUUCAAGUCGGACAGCCAACUCCAGAUUAUCUUCUUGCUCUUCGUCAGCCCACUCUUGAUGAGGUCGUCGAUAGACUAUGGGAAUCGAAGAUAAAAUGUCCUGGUAAGCCGCCUCAAACAUCAAUGCCGAUGCUCCGCUAACUAUUACAGACUCUAAUCCGCUGCGUUCUUACUUGAAUAACUACUAUAGCCUUCCCGCCAGUCCUAGUGUCUUCUUUGACGGCGGCCUUGACUAUAAAUGGGACACUCCAGAUAUCAUCGAAAGCACCGAGAACGAUAUCUCUAAUAUAUAUUCAGCCUCAGGAAUUGACGAGCUACUACAGUCGACCCACCUUACAUAUGAGGAUAGUCACAACAUCACAGACGAUUACCAAAUAGAGAAUACAUAUCAUGCGCAUACAACCGACUGUGUUGAACAGUUCGGCCUAAGCAAACUUUCGAUCUCGAACAGCCAUGAUACGAAACUGUUUGAAGACAAAGAGGGGGAAAUUCUGUAUCCUACCGUGUAUGUGCCUCCUGCGAAGGACAGAAUCUCGAAAAAAAGCGGUCGAGUAGAACACUCAAAGAAGGAGAAUCGUAAAGGGAAUUCGGCACUAAAGUCCGAGCGCUAUCAAAUCGAAUGUGAACAUCACGAUCGCGAUAGUUGUGAUGGUAUUUGCCAGUCGUGGGAAUGUCGUUAUAAACAAGAAUACCGCAAAUCUAUUGGGAACGUUGUGAAAUGGAGCGAGCCAUCUUCAAGAUACGCCGGAGAAUCCGAAGAAUCUGAAGAAUCCCGGCUGUCACCAACUGUCUACAGUCCACCAUCUUCCCUUGAUCCCUUCAACAAGUACAAAGGUUCUCCACGUAGCACCAAGCCUUCAUGGGGAGAAAAUAGCAUUUCGCCUCAUUUUAUAGUUGAUUGUCUGGAAACUUGUGGUGCUGAAACUGCGACAUCCGACAAGCCGACGUUGCCAAAAGAGGAGAACCUCGAGGUAACUAUGUCGCUCGAAGAAGUAAACCUUACUCCACCAGGUCGAUUAUCUAAACGUUCAUAUCUCCCAAAGAUUCCGGUAGGAAGUGAAUCUCCUGCCGCUUUCGGUAGGCGGAAGGCGGGAAGCCCAAAGAACUCAAUUCCCUUGACAACCGAGUUUCCAUUGUCUUUAAAAUUACAAACAGAUGUUAAUCAAUAUACCACUACGAAUGGGGACCUAACCAUUCCAUAUUUUUUAAAACAUUCGAAUGAUUCACCUUCACCUGUAAUUGCGUCCAACCUGGUUCGAAAAGGAAUUAUGGAUUUCGAUGGUGCAGCCGAUGUUUGUUUUCCAAAACAGAACAAUAGAACCAAACAAUCGAAUUCAGACAAUAAACCAAAAACUCUCCAUAAUAGUCCCGAUAGCCACGAUGGUCAUUCACUUUACGAUGAAAAUAACUUAGGCGAAGCUGCGAAAAGAUUCUUGAUGGAACUCAAUCAAGGCCGCCUUCCCACUCUACAAUCUCCAACAAUUUGCCCUCCACAACCGUUGUAUAUCUGCAAGCAACCAAGUCAAGUUCAACUUGAACAAGCAGCAGAACAUCAAAACCAUAACACCAGCCACGAAAAAGCGCGUUUCCCACCUCGUUCGUCUUCGAUUCCAAAACGCGAGUGUUCAGGUUCAAUUGAGCAGGCCAGGCCUUUUUUAUUCGACCAAGAAGUAACUAUCCGCGAGCCAAAAAGUCAACUUGACGAUCCAAAGAUAUCAAUCAGCCGCAGCACAAAGAUUUCACAGAUUUAUAGCAAUCAACCAAACACUCCUGAAAUUGCUGCACGCUCAACUGUCUCUGACAUCAAGCAAUACUACUUCUCUAGCAGCUCCAGUGGCUUAUUUGGUGAUUUCAUCCCGAUAGGAAGUCCCGGAUCGUUUUAUUCUCCUCCUCCUCCUCAACAACAACUGCCAUUGCAAACAAUGUCUGCCAAUAGGUAUGCCAAUUUAUGAAUUAACAUUGAGACAUCCUAACACGAGCUAGUUCAGCGUACGGUCACAAGACUGAGAAUUCCAGAAACCCAUACGCAUUCGAGCCGGAGACUCCCUUAAUUAUGGAUGAGUUGCGCCAGACCACAAUGACCGAUUUCAUGCAUAUUUACGACGAUGUUAGACCUGCCUCGUCACCAAGUCUUGGCCUUGGCCAUGUUAAGAAUUCGCGGUCGGUUGGUCAUACAACAAACAGAAGUGAUCCUUUGGCUGCACCUCAAUACUCAAGUCAUGGUCAAGGUCUCCAGCGUAGCGGAACAUCUCCAAGUGUAACGCCGUCACGAUUCGUGGCACGCGAAGAAUCCCCAAAUCCCAAACAUCAAGCCUAUCAUGCUGAUGUCGAUUCUAUCUCACCCAUCCUAAAUAAUGCUUAUCCGACUCAAAGCCUACCCCACCGCGGUCGAGCCGCGACGUUUGAGCAUUCUAGAACCCCUCUCCGCAAGGGUUCCCAAGAGCGAUUUCCACAACCGUCGCGCUCCCCUGCCCGUAAGCCAUCCGGCGAUCAUCGCGUGCAGCCUUCACAAACUUCCGAUGAAGCAGGACCCGAUGGCAGAGGUCGUUCUGCAACAUAUACCCCGAUUCGAAAGGAGAUGAACUCAAAUUACAGCAACGAGUCUUAUUCGAGCUCAGCUUCGACUACAAUCAAUCGACAUAUGACUCGAUCCCCCGCAAAGAAUCUUAUCGACGUAACUGAACAAGAUGAGCCUAAUUUUGAAAGCCCAGAUAUGCUACUGAUGUUCCCCAAGAAGAGAUCGCGCUCGCCGAUGAAAAAAAUGUUUGGAGAGCAUGGCUGGCUUGGAUCUUCACCAAAUGAGGUUAUACCCAGCGUUUUAAGUUCAAAAUCCGCCACCCAAAAGAUAGACAAACCCAGAAAACCUGGAAUGAUGGAGAAGAUCAAAAAUAAAAUUGAGGGUUUCGUAAGUGUAUGCUCUACGUUUAAUCGUUUCUGUUAAUGACUCUGAGUAGACCGAAAAGGCGGACAUGAAAAACGACAAAAAUAGAAUAUCAGUUUUGUCUAUCUCCAUCAACCCGUACGAGCAAGCUAGAUAUUUGGUUGAGCUAGAACUUAUGAUAGUUCAUACAGCCAAUACAUUUCUCAUGAUCCAAUUUAGUCAAGGUCGUAUGUCUAUCGAUAGCAUCAAGAAGACCGUGGACACAUGGAAGAACAAGGGACGUCCUGCUGUUGUUGAGUUCAUGUACGACCAAGGCACCCAGCGAGAUCUUGUUACUGCCAAUCAGUAUAACUUUCGAUUCCACGGCAACCGAUUGGGUGAUGACGUUCGUAUCUCUUCUAUGCUCUAUAAUUGGAAGCAGGUGGCAUCACUCAUGUCUAUCCGCACCUUCUGCAAUGCAGAUACUGUUCUCUUGAAGUUGGUGUUUGAUGUAGAACAGAUAUUGGAGCUCAUUGGUGGUUCUGAACAAAUAAUGCUACGACUCCAGCAUCUUCGAUUGUCGAUCAACGAAGCGAUUCGCAUUGCCAAAGUUGACAGGGCUACCCGUACUUCGCGUAAUGGUCAUGACAAGCAGUGGGAAUCACAUUCAUCGUCAGGCAUCGCGCAUAAUGAUCCAUACGGAUGCAUGAAGCUCGUUCCUGAGCGCUAUCUUGGCUGAGAUACUUUGGUCUCAUAUCAUAUGUAUAUGUAUUACCGCUCUCACUUCCACGUUCUUGAAUGAUAUAAUGGGUAUAUUCAGCUUAACCAGUCGUGUGCCGUUAAGCAGCGCAAUUUCAUUUGGACAAUCGCUUUAAAUCGAUCUUGGACCUCAUCCACAAUGUCUGUCGUCAAGACCUUGGUAACUUUCAGAGCACAGGGCUUUCCCUUAGGAGAUUGAGGUUCACGAUUGUACACGGUCGGGCUUUGCAUUUACGGAAUGGAUAAAAAUUGUUCGUUUCGCGAUUGAAAUUUUGAUUUCAGUGUUUCCGCGCAUUUUGCUAAUUUGCUGAUUUGCUUCAAGGCCAGGUCAUCUCAAUCAUAUCCGGGGGAGGUUUCGGUUUCAUUCAUAUGCGUAAGGAGGACGGAGGUGAUUCGGGAUAUGAUGAAGAUGAAUAUGACGAAACUGGUAGAUAUUCUAAGAAUCUUAAGAAUUUCUAGGAGAAUAACAUGAAAUAUAAAAUGGAAAAUGGAAAAUGGAAAUGUUUAUGC